UUCAAAGACACGGGAAGCAGCAGCCACGUCGAACUUCAUUUCCCAGGAGGAAAUGUAAUCUGUCAGUUUUAUACGAUCUACGAGCUCAGACAGGCAGUGCAAGGGAGGACUCGUCUGAACGGUGUCAAUUCUGUCUGUCUUUCAAUGAUUAUUGCAUUUGCAGUCAAAACAGGCAACAUUUAAACUCACUUGGCUAUAAAUUGUGAAUCCCUAGCCCCCCGCCCGCUACCCUUGCACAGAGAUAUGAGCGGCAGCGGGCGGCCCAGAACUAGCUCGUUUGCUGAGCCACAAGGUGUUCCCGGAGCCACUGCAGCAUCCACUGGAUCAGCCGCUGCCGUGGGGAGCAGCACAGGAAAGACCGGGGUCCCGCAGGCCUCGGGGAGCAGUUCGUCUGGAUGCUCGAAUUUAAAGCUGUCCAGGGACAGUGGGAAGGUGACUACGGUGGUGGCCACAUCUGGGCAGGGUCCCGACCGUCCACAAGAGGUGUCCUACACGGACAUCAAGGUGAUCGGGAAUGGCUCCUUUGGUGUGGUGUACCAGGCACGCCUCAUCGACAGCCAGGAGAUGGUGGCCAUUAAGAAGGUGCUGCAGGAUAAGAGGUUCAAGAACCGAGAGCUACAGAUCAUGCGAAAGUUGGACCACUGCAAUAUCGUGAGGCUACGCUACUUCUUCUACUCUAGUGGUGAAAAGAAGGAUGAGGUGUAUCUCAACCUGGUGCUGGACUUUGUCCCGGAGACCGUGUACAGGGUGGCCCGGCAUUUCAACAAGGCCAAAAGCAUCAUUCCUAUCAUUUACGUCAAGGUGUACAUGUACCAGUUGUUUCGCAGCCUGGCCUAUAUCCAUUCCCAGGGUGUCUGCCACCGAGACAUCAAACCCCAGAACCUGUUGGUGGACCCUGAAACGGCCAUCCUAAAGCUCUGUGACUUUGGGAGUGCUAAGCAGCUGAUUCGUGGGGAGCCCAACGUGUCGUACAUCUGUUCGCGGUACUACCGCGCCCCAGAGCUCAUCUUUGGCGCCACCGACUACACGGCCAACAUCGACAUCUGGUCGGCGGGCUGCGUGCUGGCCGAACUGCUGCUGGGACAGCCCAUCUUCCCCGGGGACAGCGGAGUGGACCAGCUAGUAGAGAUCAUCAAGGUUUUGGGAACUCCAACACGUGAACAGAUCCGUGAAAUGAACCCCAAUUACACAGAGUUUAAAUUCCCCCAGAUCAAAGCGCAUCCCUGGACUAAGGUGUUUAAGCCUCGUUCCCCUCCGGAGGCCGUCGCCCUGUGCUCGCGCCUGCUGGAAUACACCCCGAUCACGCGCUUCUCGCCCCUGGAGGCCUGCGCACACGCCUUCUUCGACGAGUUGCGCGCGCCCAACGCCCGGCUGCCUAGCGGGCGAGAGCUGCCCCUGCUCUUCAACUUCAGCACCACGGAGCUGUCAAUCCAGCCCCAACUGAACUCCACCCUCAUUCCUCCUCAUGCCCGCGCACAGACAGCUUCCUCUGAUGGCUCUGGGUUAGCCGGCUCCUCUCAGCACAGCUCUGUACCCGGAUCACUAAACAACAGCACCUGAAAUGUCCCUGCAAACCCUCUGUCUACCAGCCCGACACACACACACACACACACAGACACACACACACCUCUGUCUGCCAGCCCGACACACACACACAGACACACAGACACACACACACCUCUGUCUGCCAGCCUAACACACACACACACACACCUCUGUCUGCCAGCCUAACACACACACACACACACACUGUAUUGCUUCUAUCUUCCCCGCUGCUUGUUAUUUUCCCCCAUUGAUUACAAACAUACCUUUUUUUGUACUGUACAUACAUUGAACAAACCAUUCAUAGCCGGAAGAGGAUAUCAUUAGCUGACAAGGUAGUUUUGUUACAUGAAAUUGAAACUCGAUCAGCACUACAGGCUAAGAGUUGUGGAGACACGAACACACUUUCUCAUGUACCGACACCUUAAGUGUUAUCCCACUCCCUCGCUGCAUCUCCUUUGGCCCAGCUCUCUUUCUCUCCGGCUGUUUAUAACACUCAUGUUCCUGCUGUUGGGGGUGGCAUUAAGCUCCAGUAGGUGGGACAGGCCCUCUGUAUAAUACUUUUUUUUUUAAUCAAGUUUUUUUUUCUUUUUUUCUGUUUUAUUUAUUUGACUGAAAACUUAAUGAAGAGUUCCUGCCACCACCACCACACACAAAGUAAACAGGAGUUUGUUUCUAGAAGCCAAUUGAGGUGUUUCCCAGUUAGUCUACGAUGCGACCAAAUGAUUCUAAUGGGAUAAAAUGGUGCUGGUUGCAAGAUGGAGAGAUGAAGAGGCUGUGUUUUGUUUUAUACUUUUAAAUGAUAUUUAAAAAGAGAUUAAAUGACAGCUGCUUUUUUCUUUUACUUGUAAAUGUAUUUAUUUUUUAAUUUGCUUCGGAAAAGGCACUGUGAAUUUUUACAUUGAAACAGGAGUGCAAGUUAUAAUUGGUAGCCGUACUUGCUAGCAAUUUCCCAUGUUGUGUGUUGAGGACCUAAAGGAAACGUUUUGACAGAGCGUGAGGGUGGUGGCGUUUGUGUGGUGACAGAGAUCCAGGAUUCACAUCUAUGUAGCAGCAUCUCUCCCACUGACAAUCACAAACUGAGUCUACUUGUACUUUCCAUGGGAAGACAAUCAAGGUGCUAUCGAUGAUUAAGACUGCUGCGGUAGUCAAUUGUCACCUUCCUAUUGGCUUCAAUAAAUGGCAUAGCAUCAAUUAUAUUGUAUGGUGAGGUUACAUGUUUGAUAAAAAUAAAUCUGGUUUUGGCUGAUUUGGCGCUUGUUUUCCAUUCAUAGCAUGAACUCUUCAGAACUCCUGAUUUGAAAGAGGGAGCUUUCUGAAAGGAUAUACAAACCAUGCUGUGUUUUUGAGAUGUUCAUUUCAAAUUUGCAGUGAAGAAAGUGGACUUUUCGCAGCAAACUUGUAAGAAUCUUUGUCAGUGUGGCACCCAUCUAGAUUUUAGAGGACGAAGGGAUUAUCAACUAUGAGGGGUUCAGCCAUAUGGACAUAAAUAUAUCCUAUAUGGAGUAGUUGACUCCAGUUUGGACUUUGAAGCAGACCAUGAUCCCAGUUCCUUAUAAUAAAUUCUCUGAAAUGGGAGUCGAGGUGGGUCUGUGUGAAGACUUACUCUGUUGCUGGUGUAGAAGGGCGGAUAGCUAGUUCAUAGUAGUCCUACAAGGCUUGUACUUUGCUAUGUGCUUGUGGGAGUUCAUGAGAAUAAGUGAGACAUUUGAAGGGUGGGGGGAUAGCGGCGUUUUUGUGUGUUCAUGUGAAUAAUUGUACCUGCCGACUCAAACUGCACCAUUUUCAAAAAGCCGGCGUUGUAGGUUUAGCUCAGUUCUCAGUAAUGACCACUUGAAUGCUUUCUAGUGCAGGUGCGUUAUGCUAUUGUACAACCUCUGCCACCCCCUUGUAUGAACAACCCUCAUGUGCUGACAUUUGAUUUAAAUAACACAUUUUCCCUCCCUUUUAUCUCUGAAGCCAUCUGCUUCUUAGCCCAGAGUCCCAACUGAUUUGCUUGAAAUGUAGCAUAUCGUUUUGGAUUCCAUUUGCUUCUCUCCCUAACCCAUGCCCCCCUCAUCUUAUUGAACAUCUGUAAAUAUCACCCACUUUUUUUUUUUUCUUUUUUUUUCUUUUUCCUCGUUAUUUUUAUUAGCGUUUAUUUUCCAUUACCUGUUGGAGCUGUCCGUAACUGACUGGUCUCAUUUCCAUUCAAAAGUCUGUAAAUACAAUUUGUUUUCGAUGUCCUGAUUUAAGAUGUAAAUACCCCCUAAUUUUUUUUCUUCUCCCUAUUGUCUCUCUCUCCAUCUCUCUGGUUGUGCACCUCCAUCAACAUACGAUUGUACUGUAUCUCGCUGCUUUAUUUAUUGCUCACUUGGUGUUCUCUCAUGUAGGGAGAGGUUGAGGCACCUAACUGUUUUGUAGGCAUUAUGUCAAAUGUACUGUACUUGGCACCCACACAUUGGUAUUUCAAAGCAAGUUACUUUUUUGAAUGGGGAAAGGUGUUUGAUUGGACUUAUCAAGAUUGAAUCACUCUCUGGUACGAUUCCAACUAAAUAUUUUCCAGUUUCACAUAUGUACUGACCUAUGACAGGGAAAUUUGAGUGUGGGCUGUUUUGAGUUUACCAGACAACCAUUCGGCCAAUGACUUGCCCCCAUUCAUUACAAUGGGUACCUAAAAAGAUUUCAAGUGUGUGAAAGUGCCAUGUUGGGAUGCAGAGGAGCCAUAAUACCUUUUUUACCCAGUGUAAUGUGAAGGGUAAACCUGAGGGCCAUGAUGGCGACAAGGUCGGUUGAUGCAGCCAGCCUCCCGCCCUUGACAAUGCCUGAGCCCAUCACGGACAAUUCUGACCUCUGCUGCUUUCAAAAUGGCAGCCAUGGACAAAAUUCAGUGACUGCAGUACGACGAGCCAGUUACCAACCCCCUCCCCUUCUGUGUGUGCUUCCGUGAGCGUGUGUGUUUAUGUACCUGCCUAGCUGCUGGUUUCAUAACUAAAUCUCAGCAGUAUCAGGCUACUAGUGUUUAUCCUAUAAGUACCAUGUUGUUUGUGUAUCAACAUGUGUAUGUAUAGCAACCAAGUGAGGUCACUUUUACUGUUCUGUGACGUGGAUCAGUCAUUUUUCAUUCCAAUCCUGUUUCAAUUGCGUCAUCCUGGCCAGGAGAACUGGUGUGUGUUUUUGGGAUGAGGUAGGAGAGUGAAGGAGGGAGAGAACCAAACUGUCUGUAUGAAAUGGUCUCAUUUAAUAAAGUGAAAAAUAGGUCUGAAAAAUCUAA